CUGGUGAGGCCGGACCCAGAGGUUACACAGGUUCACGCGGUCGUGAUGGUUCACCCGGCGCCCGGGGAGAAGUUGGAGAACGCGGUCCAGCAGGAAAGCCAGGAGAGGACGGACCUGCGGGUUCAGAUGGACUUGCGGGUCCGCAGGGUCCCUCCGGACCUUCUGGACCGGCUGGAAUCCGCGGUGAUCGCGGUCCAUCCGGCGAACCCGGUGAAAUGGGGGAAAAAGGAAAGAAGGGAUCUCGCGGUUCAGUUGGACCUCGAGGGCCCCGAGGCAAGUCCGGACCCCAGGGAGAGGAAGGUCCAGCUGGUCAGGCUGGAGAAAAGGGUCCUGACGGCCCAACAGGUACCAUAG